AGGCCGCGGCCCUGUCCCACUUCCUCUGUCGGAACCGAGAGUGGUUCAUAAAAACAACUGGAUCUAUUCUUCCUCUGAAAACACGCUGAAUGGCUUGACCACGCCACGCGCAUGCGCGUCAGAGGGGCAAGGAAAGGCUGACUGACUGUUGGGAUUCACGGCGGAAAAUGUUCCAAGAGCCUUUCAAAAUAAGAGCCUGCGUCUGCUGCUGGCAGAAAGAAGAAGAAAAGCGGCGGUGCGAGCUGAAUGCGCACUAAACUAGCGUCGUGUAGGUGAAUUACAAUCCGAUUCUGUUGGAGGAUCGGGGCCUAUGUCCCCCACGGACGCUACUCGAAGCUUCAAAACCUGCCUGAGAAACGCGGUUUUCCUGCUCGUUCGUGUGGAGGAGAAGACAUCUGGAAGCGCCGUUUUUCCUGUUUUCCUUGUGGCUUGCCUCUGUCUAACUUGACCAUCUCCUCCCAUCAGUUCCAGCCAAGAAGACUUCCGGUGGUGUGUCAUGGCGGUGGCAUGGUGAAUCCCACCGAAAGCCAUCAUUUUCCGGCCCGUUCACGUAUUCUGCUUCGGCCAGAACGCAUUUUCAUGUAGAAACGAGACGCUCGGUUCCGGCUCCGUCGCGAGGACUCAGCAGCGCCGCCGCCCGCGUCGCUCCGGCCGGCCAUGGCGGCCCACAAGCCCGUGGAGUGGGUCCAGGCCGUGAUCACCAGAUUCGAUGAACAGCUUCCUAUCAAGGUGGGCCACCAGAACACCCACAGCAAAGUGAGCACCGAGCACAACAAGGAGUGUCUGAUCAACAUCUCCAAGUACAAGUUCUCCCUGGUCAUCAGCGGCCUCACCUCGAUCCUCAAAAAUGUCAACAACAUGCGGAUCUUUGGAGAAGCCUCUGAGAAGAACCUGUACCUGUCGCAGCUCAUCAUCCUGGACACCCUGGACAAGUGCCUGGCUGGGCAACCGAAGGACUGCCUGCGUCUGGAUGAGACCAUGCUGGUCAAGCAGCUACUGCCCGAGAUCUGCCACUUCAUCCACACAUAUCGAGACGGCAACCAGCACGCCGCUGAGCUGCGGGCCUCCGCCUCUGCCGUCCUCUUCUCUCUGAGCUGCAACAACUUCAACGCCGUCUUCAGCCGUAUCGCCACCAGGCUGCAGGAGCUGACCGUGUGCUCGGAGGACAACGUGGACGUUCAUGACAUCGAGCUGAUGCAGUACAUCAAUGUGGACUGCUCAAAGCUGAAGAAGCUGCUGCAAGAAACGGUGUUGAAGUUUAGGGCUCUGAAGAAGCCUGCCCAGCUUACGGUCAUCAACAGCUUGGAGAAGGCUUUCUGGAACUGGGUGGAGAAUUAUCCAGAUGAGUUCACCAUGCUAUACCAGCGUCCACAGGCAGACAUGGCAGAAGCUGCAGAGAAGCUGUUUGACCUGGUGGACAGUUUUGCUGAGAGCGCCAAGAGGAAGGCAGCAGUGUGGCCCCUCCAGAUAAUUCUCCUCGUGCUCUGUCCAGAGAUCACCCACACCAUCUCCAAAGACACGGUGGAGGACAGCAAAGCCAACAAGAAACAGUUCCUGGACAACCUGAGGAAGGCGCUGGCGGGGCAGGGCGGGAACAAACAGCUGAUGGAGAGUGCUGCCGUUGCCUGUGUCAAGCUCUGUAAGGCCUCCACCUACAUCAACUGGGAAGACCACUCCACCAUUUUCCUCCUGGUGCAGUCCAUCGUGAUGGAUCUAAAGGCAAUGCUGUUCAACCCGGCCAAGCCCUUCUUCAGGGGGACAGGCAGCCAGAAUGCUGACGUGGAGCUGAUGACUGACUGCUUUGUCUCCUGUUUCCGCAUCAAUCCUCACAACAACCAGCACUUUAAGGUCUGCUUGGCCUCAUCCUCUCCGUCAACCUUUCACUUCGUCCUGGUCAACUCGCUGCACAGAAUAAUAACCAACUCUCAUCUAGACUGGUGGCCAAAGAUUGACACGGUGUACUGCUACUCUGCAGAGCUCCGCUUCAUGUUCUCAGACACCAAGUCCCGGGUGAUCCAGGCCGCUGGAGCACACCCUCCAGUGCGCAUCACCCCGAGUCUGACCUUCAUAGGGAAGAAGAGCACCAGCCUUAAAAGUAAGGACAAAGCCACGGACCUCGACACUAACAAGUGCCUCCUCCUCGCUCUGGUCAAGCUCAUCCACGCAGAUCCCAAACUCCUGCUCCACAACCCGGUGAGACAGGCUCCAGAGACACAGAGCAGCACGGCAGAGCUCAUCAUAGGCCUGGUGCAACUCGUCCCACUCAACAGCACCACGCAACUAUCACAGGAAGCCAUGGAGGCUCUGCUGGUUCUCCAUCAGCCAGAAGCCAUUGAACUGUGGAACCCUGACGCCCCUAUGGAGACUUUCUGGGACAUAAGCUCACAGGUGCUCUUUAAGAUCUGUCGCAAACUCAUCGACCAGCAGAUGAUGAAUGGGACAGAGGUGCUGAAGUGGCUGAGGGAAAUCCUCAUCUGCAGGAACAAGUUUCUGCUCAAAAACAAGGAGUGUGCCACCAUGGGAGGUGGAAUUCCCAUCUGCCGGCAGGCGCAGACCAAGCUGGAGGUUUGUCUCUACAUGUUCCUGUGGAGCCCGGACACCGAGGCUGUGUUGGUCGCCAUGUCCUGUUUCCGCCACCUCUGUGAGGAGGCGGACAUCCGCAGUGCUGCAGACGAGGUGCCUGUCCAGAACAUCCUGCCCAACUAUGCCACCUUCAGUGAGCUUGCCUCUGUCAGCACCAUGAUGGGAACAGGUCGCUCCUCCUUGCAGAAACGAGUGAUGGCCUUAUUGAGAAGAAUCGAGCAUCCCACACCGGGGAACAUGGAGGCGUGGGAGGACACGUAUACAAAGUGGGACCAGGCCACCAAACAGAUCCUCAACUUCCCCAAAAACAAAGCUGAUGAUGGACAGCAGGAGUGGAUCAACAUGACAGGCUUCCUGUGCGCUCUGGGCGGGGUCUGCCUACAGCAGCGCAGCACCCCCGGUCCUGCCACCUACAGCCCACCCAUGGGCCCACUGAACGAGAGAAAGCCCUCCAUGAUCUCUGUGGCACCAUGUGACAUGUCUGGCGGCGCAGCCUCCUCCUGCUCGCUGUCGGCCUCCAGCGAGACGCCGGUCAGCCGCUUCCUGGACCGGCUGCUUGCCCUGCUGGUGUGUGGCCACGACAGGGUGGGCCUUCACGUGAGAACCAACGUCAAAGACCUGCUUGGGCUGGAGCUGAGCCCCGCCCUCUACCCCAUGUUGUUCAAUAAGUUGAAGAACAGCAUCGGGAAGUUCUUUGACACUCAAGGACCGGUUCCCAUCAAUGACAUCAACACCCAAUUUGUGGAGCAGACCAUUGCCAUCAUGAAAAACCUGCUGGACAGCCACACAGAGGGCAGCUCAGAGCACCUGGGCCAGGCCAGUAUUGAGACCAUGAUGUUGAACCUGGUCAGGUAUGUGCGCAUCCUGGGUAACGUGGUUCAUGCCAUCCAGAUUAAAACCAAGCUCUGCCAGCUGGUGGAGGUGAUGAUGGAGAGACGGGAUGACCUGUCGUUCUGUCAGGAGAUGAAGUUCAGGAACAAAAUGGUGGAAUACCUGACAGACUGGGUGAUGGGAACCUCCAACCAAGCUGCUGACGAUGACAUCAAGUGUUUGACCAGAGACCUGGACCAGGCCAGCAUGGAAGCCGUGGUGUCGCUGUUAGCAGGUCUGCCUUUGCAGCCAGAGGAAGGCGAUGGUGUGGAGCUCAUGGAGGCCAAGUCUCAGCUCUUCCUGAAGUACUUCACCUUGUUCAUGAACCUGCUGAACGACUGCAGCGAGGUGGAGGAUGAAGGCCAGACAGCUGGAGGACGUAAGAGAGGGAUGUCCCGACGCCUGGCCUCUCUUCGACACUGCACUGUGUUAGCCAUGUCCAACCUGCUCAACGCCAAUGUGGACAGUGGCCUCAUGCACUCCAUUGGUUUGGGCUACCACAAAGACCUUCAGACCAGAGCCACCUUCAUGGAAGUGCUGACCAAGAUCCUACAGCAAGGCACCGAGUUUGACACUCUGGCAGAGACGGUGCUGGCAGACCGCUUUGAGAGGCUGGUGGAGCUGGUCACCAUGAUGGGAGACCAAGGAGAGCUGCCCAUCGCCAUGGCACUGGCCAACGUGGUUCCUGGUUCCCAGUGGGACGAGCUGGCCAGGGUCCUGGUGACGCUCUUUGACUCUCGCCACCUGCUCUACCAGCUUUUGUGGAACAUGUUCUCCAAAGAGGUGGAGCUGGCCGACUCCAUGCAGACUCUGUUCAGAGGGAACAGCCUCGCCAGCAAGAUCAUGACCUUCUGCUUCAAGGUGUACGGAGCUGCCUACCUUCAAAAGCUCCUGGAGCCUCUGUUAAGAGGAGUCAUCACCACACCAGAACACAUCAGCUUUGAGGUGGACCCCACCAGGCUGGAACCUGAAGAGAACCUGAAGGAGAACCAGGGAAACCUGCUGCAGAUCACGGAACGCUUCUUCCAGGCCAUCAUUGGCUCCUCCAACGAAUUCCCCCCCCAGCUGCGCAGCGUCUGCCACUGCCUGUAUCAGGCUACUUGCCACUCUCUACUGAAUAAAGCAACAGUAAAAGAAAAAAAGGAAAACAAAAAAUCAGUUGUGAGUCAGCGGUUUCCUCAGAACAGCAUUGGCGCUGUGGGCAGCGCUAUGUUCCUGCGCUUUGUCAACCCUGCCAUCGUUUCUCCGUAUGAGGCUGGCAUCCUGGACAAGAAGCCCACGCCCAGGAUAGAGCGAGGCCUGAAGCUCAUGUCUAAGAUUCUGCAGAGCAUAGCGAACCACGUGUUGUUCACUAAGGAGGAGCACAUGAGGCCUUUCAAUGACUUUGUGAAGAGCAACUUUGAUGCAGCGCGGAGGUUCUUCUUGGACAUAGCAUCAGACUCUCCCCCCAGCGACUCGGUCAACCACAGCCUGUCCUUCAUCAGCGACGGGAAUGUGUUGGCGCUCCACCGGCUGCUGUGGAACAACCAGGAGAGAAUCGGCCAGUACCUCUCUAGUAACAGAGACCACAAGGCUGUUGGCAGGCGACCUUUUGACAAGAUGGCAACCCUGCUGGCCUACCUGGGGCCCCCUGAACACAAACCGGUGGCCGACACACACUGGUCCAGUCUCAACUUGACCAGCUCCAAGUUUGAGGAGUUCAUGACCAGGCACCAAGUCCAUGAGAAGGAGGAGUUCAAGGCCUUGAAGACACUUAAUAUUUUCUACCAGGCUGGAACCUCCAAGAAUGGAAACCCGGUCUUCUACUACGUAGCUCGCAGACAGAGCUCUGCUUCCACAGAUUAG